GAUCGAUUUUAUUUUAGUUUCUCAAAAGAUGGCGGAUCGAACGCCUGGCUCUCAAAAAGCUAGCGCUAAGGCGCUGCUUGAGAGCAAACUGAAAUCCUUCAGCAUCGGUAAAAUGGCAGUGGCAAAAAGGACCUUAAGCAAGAAGGAACAAGAUGAAAUAAAGAAAAAGGAAGAUGAGCGGGCUGCAGCAGAGAUUUAUGAGGAGUUUCUUGCUGCGUUUGAAGGCGGAGGAGAGGGCAAAGUCAAGGCUUUUGUCCGUGGAGGUAUUGCAAAUGCAACAAAAGAAGAAGCAGCUGCUGAUGAGAAAAAAGGAAAGUUAUAUAAACCUAAGUCACGUUUUGAGAACCAGACUAAAAGCAUCCUGCCUUUGGAGACCCCGCCUCAGUUUUUAGCAUUAGACAAAAGAAAUACUUUGAAGAAAGGUAAUGAAAAGGAAAAGAAGAAGAGUAACCUGGAGCUCUUUAAAGAAGAACUUAAACAGAUCCAGGAAGAAAGGGAUGAAAGACACAAGAUGAAAGGACGUGUUAGCCGUUUCGAACCUCUCCCUGGCAUGGAGGGAAGGCGCUCAUCGGAUGGUUCUUCAAGAAGAAACCGUCCGUCCAGUGUUUUGGACGAUUCUGCUCCAGGUUCCCAUGAUGUUGGCGACCCAUCCACAACUAACUUGUAUCUUGGAAACAUCAAUCCACAGAUGAAUGAAGAGAUGCUGUGUCAAGAGUUUGGCCGCUACGGCCCACUAGCUAGUGUUAAAAUCAUGUGGCCAAGGACAGAUGAGGAGAGAGCUCGGGAGCGGAACUGUGGCUUUGUGGCUUUCAUGAACCGGAGGGAUGCUGAACGAGCACUCAAGAACCUAAAUGGAAAGAUGAUCAUGAACUUUGAGAUGAAAUUAGGAUGGGGCAAAGGUGUACCUAUUCCACCCCAUCCCAUCUACAUCCCUCCUUCCAUGAUGGAGCAUACACUGCCACCGCCUCCCUCUGGCCUACCCUUCAACGCACAGCCGCGGGAGAGGCUAAAGAACCCAAAUGCUCCCCUGCUUCCUCCACCCAAAAACAAGGAGGAGUUUGAGAAGACUCUGUCGCAAGCCAUAGUCAAAGUGGUUAUCCCAACAGAAAGGAAUUUGCUCUCUCUCAUCCACCGCAUGAUCGAGUUUGUGGUGCGUGAAGGCCCAAUGUUUGAAGCCAUGAUCAUGAACCGAGAAAUCAACAACCCCAUGUACAGAUUUUUAUUUGAGAACCAGAGUCCUGCGCAUGUAUAUUACCGGUGGAAACUCUACACUAUACUACAGGGUGAAUCACCAGCUAAAUGGCGAACAGAGGACUUCAGAAUGUUUAAAAAUGGCUCUUUGUGGCGCCCGCCUCCUCUUAAUCCAUACCUCCAUGGUCCGUAUGAUGAUGGUGAAGAAGAGGAGGAAGAAGAGGAGGGCAACAAAAAAGGCUGCUUGAAAGAAGAGGAGCGAGACAAACUGGAGGAGAUGCUUCGUGGUUUGACUCCCAGGAGGGGGGAUAUCGCAGAGGCCAUGCUGUUUUGCCUGAGCCACGCUGAAGCUGCUGAAGAGAUUGUAGAGUGUGUCACAGAGUCUCUCUCUAUCCUGAAGACCCCUCUACCAAAGAAGAUUGCACGGUUAUAUCUGGUUUCUGAUGUGCUGUACAACUCUUCAGCCAAAGUUGCAAACGCAUCUUACUACAGAAAAUAUUUUGAGACAAAGCUCUGCCAGAUUUUCUCAGACCUCAAUGCCACAUACAAGACAAUACAAGGUCACCUUCAGAGUGAGAACUUUAAGCAACGAGUGAUGUCUUGUUUCCGGGCGUGGGAGGACUGGGCAGUGUACCCAGACCCCUUCCUCAUAAAGCUUCAGAACAUCUUCCUGGGUCUUGUUAAUCUCUCUGUAGAGAAGGAGCCUGUGGUCCCCGUUGUGGAGCCUGAGUCAACAGAGGACAUUGAUGGGGCUCCAAUAAAUGAGUAUGUAGAUGGCACCCCGUUGGAGGAUGUUGAUGGGGUGCCUAUUGACGCUGGGACCAUCGAUGGAGCACAAAUUGAUGGAGCCCCUCUGGAUGAUCUAGAUGGAGUUCCUAUCAGACCCAUGGAAGAAGACAUAGAUGGAAUACCUUUUGAUCAGGCCAAAGAGGCAACAUUCAAGGUAGCACCUUCAAAAUGGGAAGCAGUGGAUGAAACUGAGUUGGAGGCUCAAGCUGUGACAACCUCAAAAUGGGAGAUAUUUGAGCAGCCAGAAGAAACUAAAAAGGUUGAGGAAGACAGCGAUAAUGAUGAUAGGAGCCCUCGCUCAGAGGAUAAUCAGAGUUUCUCCAACCCCACUCGAGAUGAUCCUGAUGUUAAAGCCAAGCUUUCUGAAAUGAAUGAGGAAAAACGCACCAAACUCAGAGAGAUUGAGGUUAAAGUCAUGAAGUUUCAGGAUGAGCUAGAAUCUGGAAAAAGACCCAAAAAGCCUGGCCAGAGUAUUCAGGAACAGGUGGAGCACUACAGGGACAAACUAUUACAAAAGGAAAAAGAAAAGGAAAAACUUGAACGGGAGAAGGAGAGGGAGAAGAAAGAGAAAGAAAAGGCUGAGGUGCGGUUAAAAGAGCUGAAGAAGGAAAAGGAGAAAGAUGAUACACCAACCAGGAAAGAAAGUAGGAAGCGGCAUCACAGUGGGUCUCCCAGCCCAACAAGGAGUGGCAGCAGACGAGGCCGGUCAUCCUCACCUCGCUCAGAAAGAUCAGAACGCUCUGAUCGAUCUUACUCUAAAGACACAUCUUCCCGGUCGUCCCAUAAAGACUCUCCUCGAUCCAGCAACAAGAAGUCAUCCAGGAGAUCUCCCUCAUCACCUCGCACACCAAAACGAUCUAGGAGGUCACGCUCUAGAACACCCAAGAAAUCCGCGAAGAAGUCCCGCUCCAGAUCAAGGUCUCCACACCGAUCUCACAAAAAGUCAAAGAAGAGCAAACACUGACAUCUUUUCCAACAACCUCCAAACCAGCCCCUACCACUCUUCCCUUCUCUGCACCAUUAUGUAUAAUAGGUCGACUGACUUGGCAGCUGAAGAUCUAUGCCCAAAUGCUAAUUUAAGGACAGUGAAGAGUGAAGUGUGUUGCAUGGGUUUCCAUCUGGUGUAUCAAAUAGAUGGAGCAACUGCUGUUUUAUAUUGUAAAAAAAAACAAAAAGUGCUUGUGUGUCCUAUUUCCCCAUCUCCUCAAAGUGGAAUUCAUCUAUGUGAUAGACCACACCUGUAAAGAGUGUGACAAGUCUUACAUUCAUGCUGUCAUUUUCUGUUUUUGUAGUUCACAUUAAAAAGAAUUCCUAAUAAAAACAAGUUUUUUUUAUUUA